GUUGGCCCAGUUAAAUUUCCCUGACACAGAUGUCAAACGGUCUUGUUUGCAAAGCCUAGUGUUUAAGUGUGGAUCUGCUAGGCUUCUCUUCUCCUAUCUGACUGCUCUGCUCUGCUCUGCUCUACUGGGCUAGAAUCACCGAUGAAGGUAUCUACUGUCUGGGUCUGGGGCACUGUUAAAGCUGAUGAAGAAGCCUACUAGAACCCUGUGUUGCCAGAACCCAACCCAGAGACAAGAGAAGAGGGUUGAGAUGCGUCCUGUUUGUGCUCAGCUCCUCUUCGCUGCCAUCUUGUGGUCAAUGCCUUACACUGGAGCUGCUGCUGUGCGGAGCCUAUCCAAAUCCAACCGGACUAACCAUCUCCACCUAACUAGACCUGGUUUCGAGUCAGACCCUGACUCUGACUGGAGUAAUCUGAAUCUUACCAGCAUCAGCGUGCCUCGUAUCCGAAGGAGGCGAGCCAUCUCCUCCAGAGAAAUUAAUUCCUUGUUGGAUUAUCACAACCUUGUCCGCUCCCAGGUCUUCCCUCAGGCUGCCAAUAUGGAGAUCAUGGUGUGGGAUGAGCAACUGGCUAAAUCAGCAGAUUCCUGGGCUUCCCGCUGCAUAUGGGAUCAUGGACCCUCACAGACCAUGAGAUAUAUGGGCCAAAACCUGUCCAUCAACUCUGGCAGAUACUGGUCAAUCAUUGAGCUGGUAAGGUCCUGGCAAGAUGAGAAAAACUCCUUCUCCUAUCCCAACACAUGCAGUGGACCAGUUUGUUCCCACUAUACACAGAUGGUCUGGGCCAAUACCAAUAAGAUGGGAUGUGCCAUCAACAAAUGCUCAAACAUGAAUGUGUACGGGAGCUCUUGGAGGACAGCAGUGUUCCUGGUUUGCAACUACUCUAUCAAGGGGAACUGGGUUGGAGAGGCUCCCUAUAAGAGUGGCAAACCGUGCUCUGCCUGUCCAUCAAAAUAUGGAGGUUCAUGUAACAGAAAGCAGUGUUCCUUCAGUGGUUCAAAAGCCAAAGCCAAGAAAAGAAAAAGGUAUUAG